CGGCGUAGCGAUUUGUGCUUCCACUUUACCUCAAAGGUAGGCUGCUUAUCAUAUGUCUAUGGGGUUACGUCCACGCGUCCCGUUUUCAUAGAGACGUUCAUGCUGCGCCGGUCAUGUGCCGCUGGUUACGCCCACCCCACCGUGCUUUUCCACCCGGCGCCUCGCUCGUGCGUGAGCCUGCAACGGUGGCCAUGGCAAGGAACUCGUCGUCGUGGGAAAGUGCUGGUGCGAAAUCGCUUGGCUUUUUAGGGAACGCAACGGCCAGCGGUGAAAGAACGGAACUGCACCUUCCCUUGCCAGAGAUUAGCAUACAAUGCACGGUCUACGAUCAAUGUCUGGGGCUUGUUGUUGCCGUAGCAGCCGGCGCUAUACUUUGGAAAAUCAUGAUGUCCAAGAGUAGCCUCACAAGAAAGCCACAUAAACCAAAAUCACGGAGGCUGCUGUCUGGGGCUCUUCCGCCAGUUUUUCCAAAUGGUUGGAUUCCAGUGCUUGAGUCGACGGAACUUGUUGUAGGAAAAAUCAAAUCAGUCAGCGCCUUAGGUCAGGAAUUUGUCGCAGUCCGAUGUGAGGACGGAACGGCACGAGUAUUCGAUGCAUACUGCCCACAUUUGGGCGCCCACCUGGGAAUGAUGGGCCGUGUGGCGGGAGACAUCAUCGAGUGUCCUUUCCACGGAUGGAAGUUUGAUUGUAAAAACGGAUCUUGCAUCCACGUGCCGUACUCCGUCAAAGCCCCUUCUUUCGCCAAGGUGAAGGUAUGGACGUCUAAGGAACUCCUCGGCCUGGUGUUCGUAUGGUACCACGCAGACGGCAACGCACCCUCAUGGAACGUACCAGAGGACAUAUUGAGCCGCACUCUAGAGUCGAAGUCUACGGGUCGAUUCGAGCACUCGGUGCACUGCCACAUCCAGGACAUAGCUGAGAAUGGCGCCGACUCGGGUCACUUCAACAAGAUCCACAAGGCGAGCAGCUUGGUCAACGGCACCGAUUUCGAGAAGAACAUGGGCGAGUCGUGGAAGGGCCGCCUUUUCCAGCACCAAUGGGUGGCUACAUGGAGCCCAAACAAGCACGAGGCUACGGUGGUCAUUGAGGCCUUCAUAUCUAUACUCGGCUGGAAGCCCGACUAUCUGCGUCAUCAUGUCGAGGCUCGCCAGAUAGGACCUGCACUCGUCGCUAUAUCCGUCUGGGGCCCUACAGGACACUACGUGGCCGUCCAAUCACUGACGCCAGAAGGCCCCUUCGACAUCAAAGUGGUACACAGGCUGUAUUUCGAGCCAGGAGUGAGUUGGCUGCUGCGGAAGUUCUACACCAUGACGCUGCGAAACAUGGUAUGCGAUAAAUUGAUUUCGACGGUUCACGUGAUUCACAAAGACAAGAAAAGGAAAGUUUACUAG